AUGGAGCUUAUCACCAACACCUUGAAGCCUAUUCCGAUCCUCAAAAGCUAUGAUCUAAUGCAGAAGCGCCAGGGCUACAUAUUAGUCGUUAACGACUGUGACCUCGAACAGGCCGUAUCGCAACUACUGGAGGCUGGAUUUUGGCGCGCAGGGUGGUCAUGGGGCUCAUGUGACCCCGCAAAGCUGGAGCGCAUGGGGGAUCAAGCAAAGAAGAUUCACCAGAGAAUUAUUCCGCAAUAUGCAGACAUCGACAACAACUCAGUACGCUUUGCGUUUCCCCAGGCUAGCGCUGGACUUAGAAACGACCUAGUGGCACUAGUGUCGCCGUCGUUCGUCGGGCUCGCUCCGCCACUUCGUGAAGCCGAAGGGGCCACUACCUCUGCUGCCGCUGCUGCAACCGAUUUUACGUGUGUCGACGGCUUUCUAUACUAUCCCCACCUCCAGGUCCUGCUCGAAAGCCUGAUACGCACUCGCCUGCGGCUCCCUGAAGACGACCACGGCAUGUGGGCGGACAUGCUUGAGGUCUGGGCCAUCCCGUACCUCUGGACCCACACCAUGGCCCCCGAGGAUAUUCUCGACGGAAUCGAAGAUGAGCGUGUUAAAGAGUGGUUUAAUAGGGAAACCAAAAGAUUCGAGGGUGGGAUAGAUCGCGUUACCAUUACUAAGAGGAGGGGAAAGGUAUCGACGAGGCCACCGGAUGCGAGCAUUUGAAGACCAUGUAUCACCACCACCACCAUCACCACCACUGCUAAGAACUUGCUCUGCUGUGGCUGCGAGGUCUUAUGAAGUAGUAAUAUUUGUCUCCUUUAAUCACGUUCUUUUUUCUUUAAUGCAAUUUUUUUUCUGUUUCUGAAAAGGGUGCAACCUAGACAUUCGCCAAUUUUAUUCCGUUGUAUUCUCUGCUUCGCCGCUAUAACUAGCAUCUCCUCCUCUAAGGCGGUACUCAUGCAUUCGGUGAGUACACAAUUCCCACAGUUGCCAUAAUGCGAGGCUGGGAACAGCUAUGAAUUCACCACUCGUAACUUCCCAGUACUGCCUUCGCCGACUCAUAAGAGUGAUCCUAUUUCGGACUUUGAUGAACCCAGAAGAAGACACCAUCAGAAUACAAAGUCAGGGAUGCCGGUAGGCCCGAAACAGGGAACA